AUGUCUUCCCCUCAGGACCGCCCCACCCUCCCCAGCGUCCGCGAAAUGCUCCCAGACCACCAAUUUGAGCUUGCGAGGCAGGGUUCGUCAGACAUUCUGCAGGGCGGCCCCGCCUGUCGAGUCCCGCCUCCGUUGAGGGUUCCGCCCGCCUUAAGCCGCGGCGGCACUCGGCACUCACGCUCCAUGUCUUCACCGCAAGCAGCCCACCCCCUCUCCCCUCCCCCCUUGACAGCCGCAUGCUCGCUCGGGCCACAAUACCGCGCGUCCCCCGCAGGUUCGAGCGAGGCCCCUCGCGUGAGGACCUCGAUUUCCCAGUCGCCGCGUCAAGAGUCUUCCUCUCUCGUCGCCGGCGAUGUCUUUCAACCUCACCUCCGAGACAUCACCUCACACCCCUUCCCGUACGACUCCACGGGCACCCGCGGGACCCCAUCGCAGCGCGCGCUCCGCGGCUACUCAUUCUACAUCGUGCCCGCCGACGAAUGCCCCCCCGGCGACGACCGCAGGCACGGAUGCGGUAUCUGCCAUCGCCGCUUCAACCGACCCAGCAGCCUGUUGAUUCACAUGAACUCCCACACGGGUGCGCAGCCGUUCGAAUGCCCGUUCCCGGGCUGCACCCGCCGCUUCAGCGUGAACUCGAACAUGCGCCGGCACUACCGCAACCAUCGCGAGGGCGCGCUCGCCGGCUCUGCCGCCCAGACCAACCCCUCCCCGCGCAUGCAGUACCGCAACCCGUACCCGCCCCCGCCGUACCACGCGCCAAGCGCGUCGCCCUCCGCCUCCUCCGCGUACUCGUCCUUCACCGAGGGCAGCGACGACCACCCCGACACCGUCACGGCCCACCUCGACGUUCCGCGGAGCCCGACGCUGUCGUGCGCGUCGCCCCCCAGCCGCACGCGCUCGCACUCGGACACGCACCCCGCGCUUCGCGUCGCGCCGGCCGUCGAACCGCGCCGCCGCUCGUGCACGGUGCCCGGGUGCGACUGCGACGAGACCCCGGGCACGCUGCGCCCGGCAGCGUUCCAUGAGGGUUCGGCGUCGAUUACUGGGUUCGCGCGGCGGCGUUGA